CCUAAAAAUACAAACUCUUAAAAAAAAAAAAUUGCAAAUUAAAAAAACAACAAAAAACAACAAAAAGGUGUGGAGGUUUUUAAAAAGAAGUCUACAGGAUCUUAAUUUUAUUUUUUUAUUUUUAUUUUUUUUUGGAGUCCGGGUCAGAGGAAGUUCUUUUAUUUUGGAGCAGAAGAAGCAUGAACACAGCUGCUGGGAGUUACCCCAUGGCUUCUCUGUAUGUGGGCGACCUGCACCCCGACAUCACCGAGGCGAUGCUGUACGAGAAGUUCAGCCCCGCGGGCCCCGUGCUCUCCAUCCGCGUCUGCAGGGACAUGAUCACCCGGCGCUCCCUGGGAUAUGCUUAUGUCAACUUCUCCCAACCUGCUGACGCUGAGAGAGCCCUGGACACCAUGAACUUUGACGUGGUGAAAGGGAAGCCGAUCAGGAUCAUGUGGUCACAGAGGGACCCCUCCCUCAGGAAGUCUGGCGUGGGCAACGUGUUCAUCAAGAACCUUGACAAGUCCAUCGACAACAAAGCUCUGUACGACACCUUCUCUGCCUUUGGCAACAUCCUCUCCUGCAAGGUGGUGUGUGAUGAAAAUGGCUCCAAAGGCUACGCUUUUGUCCACUUUGAGACCCAGGAUGCAGCCGACCGAGCCAUAGAGAAGAUGAACGGCAUGCUUCUGAAUGACCGCAAGGUGUUCGUGGGUCGUUUCAAAUCUCGCAAAGAGCGGGAGGCUGAGCUCGGUGCCAAGGCCAAAGAGUUUACAAAUGUCUACAUCAAGAACUUUGGGGACGACAUGGACGACGAACGGCUGAAGGAGCUUUUUGAAAACCAUGCAGGUAAAACUCUCAGCGUAAAGGUGAUGAUGGACUCUACCGGCAAAUCCAGGGGGUUUGGAUUUGUUAGCUUUGAGAAGCACGAAGACGCUAACAAGGCUGUGGAGGAAAUGAAUGGCACCGAGCUCAACGGGAAGACCGUGUUUGUGGGGAGAGCUCAGAAGAAAAUGGAGCGUCAGUCGGAGCUGAAGCGGAAGUUUGAGCAGCUGAAACAAGAACGAAUCAGUCGUUAUCAGGGAGUUAAUCUUUACAUCAAGAACCUGGAUGACACCAUUGACGAUGAGAAAUUGCGUAAAGAGUUUUCUCCAUUUGGAUCCAUAACGAGUGCUAAGGUGAUGCUAGAGGAAGGCCGUUCUAAAGGUUUUGGCUUCGUCUGCUUCUCUUCGCCUGAAGAAGCCACGAAGGCCGUGACCGAGAUGAACGGUCGCAUCGUUGGCACCAAACCUCUGUACGUGGCUCUGGCUCAGCGCAAAGAGGAGCGCAAAGCCCACCUCACCAACCAGUACAUGCAGCGUAUAGCUGGCAUGCGGGCCAUGCCGGCCAACGCCAUCAUCAACCAGUUCCAGCCCGCCAGUGGCUACUUCAUGCCAGCUGUGCCGCAGGCUCAAAAUAGGACGACGUACUAUGCACCAAAUCAGAUGGCUCAAAUACGACCCAACCCCAGGUGGCAGCAACAAGGUGGCAGAGGUCAAGGUGGUUUCCAAGGAAUGCCCGGUUCCCAGCUCCGUCAGCCUGGACCUCGUGGCAAUCUGAGACACAUGAGUCCUGGUGGCAGCGGGCAAGGCCCUCGAGCUGCGAGCCAAGCAAUGGCUCCUCGUCCAUCCAUGGGCGUCUCUGGUCCCCGGGCCAUGCCUCCUUACAAAUACGCCACAGCUGUCCGCAACCCCAACCCUCAAGUGGUGCAACCUAUUCCCUUACAGCAGGCUCAGCCAGCUGUGCACGUUCAGGGCCAGGAGCCGCUCACGGCCUCCAUGCUGGCCGCUGCGCCCCCGCAGGAGCAGAAACAGAUGUUAGGAGAACGUUUGUUCCCGCUGAUUCAGGCCAUGCAUGCCAACCUGGCAGGGAAGAUCACCGGCAUGCUGCUGGAGAUCGACAACUCUGAGCUGCUGCACAUGCUGGAGUCGCACGAAUCUCUCCGUUCAAAGGUGGAGGAAGCUGUCGCUGUUCUGCAGGCCCACCAGGCAAAGAAAGAUGCCACCCAGAAAGCUGGAAGCAUGGCGACCACUGUUGCUGCAACAUCCUGAAGGCUGGUGAAGAAAAGAGAGCAAGGAUGAACUUGACACUACAGAGUCUCAUCAACAAAUCUGCAAAAAUAUCAGAAUAAAAUGUAAUUUUAAAAGUACUUUAUACCAUCAAACUGCAUACCAAAGGCAGCAACGCAUCUAAAUCCUGAAUGCAGCCUCCACUUUGCUGCAACAGAGAACCAUUUUUCCAAAAGGAAAACAGAGCCUUGUUGUUUUUCUCAGAUUGAAAGCUUCAUGUUUGAUUUGAAAUGAAGGAGUUUGCCUUCUUAUCAUGCUGUCAUGAUGAGGUGUGUGGUAUUCUCAAUAAAGGAAUGAUGGACAGACA